AUGCAGGGAGGAGGAUGGUCCAAUACACAGAGGAGCUGUAUCUACAGGAAAAACACACGCAGUGCCUCAUCCAAUCACAUGGAGAAAAUUUUGGCAUUUACUGGAAUCUUAAGCAACAAAGCUAAUGAGAAUCAUGACUUCUACAACUGGAACAUAGUCAAAUUGCGUUACUGUGAUGGUGCCUCUUUCACAGGCGAUAGUGGGGACCAGUUUGAGAGUUGA